CGCAUGCGCAUAAACCUGCUUCUCCUUUUUGCUGACUGUGGUUCCGGAUGGGCAGAUUCGUCGCGACUCAAACGGCACAAAUGGUACCGUUAACGAGCUGACACAGAAGAGAGUUGACCAUGUUCCUCCAAGGUCAGCGCGCCUCAGUGUUCACCUUUCAGUCGGCUGUGCACAGCGCUCACGUGCUGCAGUGUCUCAACGAGCAGAGGCAGCGGGACGUCCUGUGCGACGUGACCGUGGUGGUGGAGGAUAGGAGCUUUCGGGCCCACUCGUCCGUCUUGGCCUCCUGCAGCGAGUACUUCCAAGGCUGUGUCACCGUCGACUCCAGACACAAUGCCGUUGUCACCCUGCCUCACGAGGUGACGGUGCAAGGCUUCGAACCUUUGUUGCAGUUUGCCUACACGUCCAAGUUGCUCUUCAGCAAAGACAACAUCCAUGCCAUUCAAAGCUGCGCAAAAUUCCUGGGAUUUCGCAACCUGGAGUCGGCGUGCUUCGAUUUCCUCAUCCCUAAGUUUUCUGAGCGUAAACCGAACAAGGUCAAGCGGACAGUCUGCUGUCAGGGUCUCGACCCGGCUACGAGCGGGGCAAAGUUGCAGACAGACUUCACUCCUCUGCUCCCUCGGGGCAGAGAAGGCGACUUCUGUUUGGAGACCUGCGGCACUCAAAUGCCCUCGUUGCCUCUGGAAUUAUCAGCCAGCGCUGUUUGUCCCAUGUUGUCGUUGCCUGAUCCGGACGCAGCGGGUCAUCCCUCUCAGAUGUGUUUGUCCGUGGAAGAUGUUUGCAGCCAAAGCCAGGUGAGUCUGACCAACUGCGGGUUGCCAUGUGAGCUCUCAGCAGCGGAGGACCCACCAGACCUGAUGGAGCCAGGAGUUGAAGACACUGUGGAAAGACUUGGCAUGAACCCGGACUGUGGCCUCGGUUCUUGUCCUCUCGGCUCAGAAGUUUGCACUCAGUUGUUAGAACAGAGUCAGUCAGACAAAGACGAGGGAUACCCGGGGAGGAGCAGAGAGGAGAGGGAAGUGGCCGAACAUCUGGCCAAGGGUUUUUGGUCCGACCUGUGCCAGUCUCAGGCUCAGACUCCCCCGCCGUUGGACUCUGUGGACCACAGUAGUCCAGAAAAGGCCUCAGAAUUCCAUUGGCUCAAACAGCUGGACCUGAGCUCCAAUCCAUCAGACUGUCCCUUUCUCAGGGAGCUCGACACAGGCGAGGAUCCAAGCUCACGCACCGACACUAUGUCCCAGUCGGAGAAGAGCCCCUGUAUAUCCUCGCUCAACUCGGAGGAGGAUUCAGACAUGGACACAGAUGGAGAUACGGAAGCUAACAACAGAAGAGCAGCAGAGAUCCAGCUUCCGUUCCCGGUGGAGCAGAUCUCGACGCUGAGUCGUAGUGCCUUCCAGCAGCUUCUCAAGCGCCAUCACAUGAGCCCCGAGCAGCUGGAGUUUGUCCACGACGUCCGCAGGCGCAGCAAAAACCGUGCGGCAGCGCAGCGGUGCAGGAAAAGGAAGAUGGAAAGCAUACACCAGCUGGACGGUGAAAUCAAAAUAUUAAAAAGCAAGAAAGAGAAGCUGCUUCAGGAGCGAGCAGAGCUGGAACAGAACCUGGAGGAAACCCGCCAGAGUCUGUGCAGGUUAUGUAAGAGCGUGGAGUUCACCUCAGACCAGGACCACAUGCAGUUCCUACCCAAGCUCUCCGCUCCUGACUCCCUCCCCUCGCCACACCUUGCCUAUAACAACAAGUAAGGCCUCAUGGGAAAGUGGUAAGUUGAUUUUUCGAGUCUCAGCAGGCUGGACGUUAAAAACAGGUUCUCGUUGGCCUUCUCUGUUUCAAUCAGUCAUGUCCAGGGACUUCCAUCCAGACUUUUUUUUUUCUUUUUUAAUGGAUUUUGCUUUUGCUGCAUCUUAAAUUAACAGAAAAAUAUAUCCACACUGUAUAUGUUGAAUGCUUUUUACUGUAGUACAGUGAUGACCAAGCAGGUUAUCAGUCUUCAUCCUAAUAAGAAUUGUUUGAUUUCUCAGGGAAAACUCCCCUCCUCUUUACUUCCACACAUCAACAAAUAUUCCUAAUUAUUGUUGUCUUUCUGGUACUGUAUUAUUGCACCACUAUGCCCUUUCACGGAACAAAUAUGCAAAUCAGCACUAACUGAACUUUUUACUGUAGGUUACUGUCACUGCUAUUAUACAUUAUUGAUAACAUUGUUAAAAGUAGAUACGGAUGGUUCCACCGUACCUAAACGUGUUACAUGAGUACUCACGAGAAAACAUGCUCAUCGAUGCAAAAUGUGCCUUGAACUAUUAAAACAACUAAUGCAUUUUUUUUCCUAAUUCUGAAGCACUGUUGCACAUUAACCCAGAGCCUUUAUUGAUAGCAAUGCCACUUUUCUUAUCAAAUGAUUGUCAUUCUAAUAAAGACAUUUUUUUUGCCUACAGUACGUACAAUCCUUUCAAAUGGCCAUGUGAAACACACCACAGUGCCAGUAGGUGGCAGCACAAGUCAACAUAUUGGUCAUUACUCUUACUGCAUACUCCAGGGGUGCCCAAACUUUUUCCACUGAGGGCCACAUCGUGAAAAAUGAAAGAUUGCAACUUUGAUUUGCCACUUUGAUAUUUUGCAAACCAACCCAUGUACAUAUGAUUACAAGUUGUAUUGUAUUUACAUUUUAUUAAAAAAUGAAUUUUAUCUUUGUGAUGUAGGUGAAAGGCUUCUAAAAUGACAUC